GUCUCCUCCUCCUGGCGGCCAUCCUUGCUGUUCUGAGUAUCUUCUGGUUUUGGAUUGCGGGGUCUGGAUCCAGGUGCCAUACUGAAAAGUCGUGGAGGAGUCGUGAUCCCCGCCCCACAGACGCGGGUCUGAUGCUCGGCGACGACGCCCGGGUGACCCGCGCCAGGGCCGGGUCAGGGACCGCCGCGCCUGGGGCCUCCUAGACUCCCGCAGCUUCCGCCCCGCCCACAGAGUCCGAUGGCGGCGGCUGCACUGAGGGGCCCGGUUCAGGACAGUGUGACCUUUGAGGACGUGGCUGUGUUCUUCUCCUGGGAGGAAUGGAGGUUCCUUGAUGAGGCUCAGAGACGCCUGUACUUUGAUGUGAUGCUGGAGAACUUUGCACUUAUAUCCUCGCUGGGUUGCUGCUGUGGAGCAGAGGAUGUGGAGGCACCCACUGAACAGAGUGUUUCUGUGGGAGUGUCACAGGCCAGGACUCCUGAGGGAACUCCAACUUCCCAGAAGACCCACCCCUGCGAGAUGUGUGGUCCGGUCUUGAGAGACAUCUUCCACUUGGCUGAGCAGCAGAGAACACAACACAGCCAGAAACUGUUGAAGUGUGGAGCAUGUGCAAAAUGCUUUCAUUUCAGUGCAAACUUUCACCAGCAUCAGAAGGACAAAAUGGGGGAGACACCCUUCAGAAGCAGUGUGGACAGGUCCUUGAUUUUGAAGAGCUGUAGAUUCCAUGUGUCAGAGAAUCCUUUUACCUGCAGGGAGUUUGGGAAGGACUUUCUGAUCACCUCGGGACACCAACAACAACAGGCCACUCACAACAGGGAGGAGCCAAACAAAACCACCCAGUGGGAAGCAACUUUACAAAGCAGAAAAAAUCAUCACACUUCAGGAGAAUGUAAGAAAGCCUUCAACCCCCAACACCUGCUUGUUCAGGACCAGGAUGUUCACACUGAAAGACAGCGCUUUGUGUGCCAUGAAUGUGGGAAAAAUUUCAGGUAUAAAUCCUCACUUCUUGUUCACCAGAGAGCCCACACUGGAAAAAGUUUUCAUAUGUGUGACGAAUUUGGAAAGUCCUUUAAGGGAAGCUUAACCCUCAGUCAACAUCGAAAAAUUCAUACUGCAGCAAAGCAGUACAAGUGCGACAAAUGUGGGAAAUCCUUAAGUCACAAAUCUGUCCUCAUUCAUCCCCUGGGAUGUCACAGUGGAAAAAACAGUUACAUGUGCAGUGAAUGUACUCAAUCUUUUAGUCAUAGCUCAGUGUUCAUUCGACAUCAGAGAGCUCAAACUGAAGAAAAGCCUUACAAGUGUAGUGACUGUGCGAAAUCUUUUACCUCUGUUGCUGCUCUCAGUUAUCAUCAGAGCUCUCACACAGGAGAGAGGCCUUAUGGAUGCAGUGAUUGUGGGAAAUCUUUUAUCUCUAGGUCUGACCUCCGUUAUCAUCAAAGAGUUCAUUCUGGAGAAAGGCCUUACAAGUGUAGUGUAUGUGGGAAAUCAUUUAUCACUCGUACUGCUCUCCGUUAUCAUCACAGAGUUCACACUGGAGAAAGGCCUUAUGAGUGUAGUGAAUGUGGGAAGUCCUUUACCCGAAGAAAUAAUCUCAUUAUACACCUAGGAGUUCACUCAGGAUACAAGGCUUAUGAGUGUGGCGAAUGUGGGAAAUCUUUUACCUUUAGCUCCAGCCUCCGUUAUCAUCAUAGAAUUCACACAGGAGAAAGGCCUUAUGAGUGCAGUGAGUGUGGGAAAUCUUUUAACAAUAGAUGGACACUUGUUCGACACCAGAGAAUUCACACAGGAGAAAAGCCUUAUGUGUGCAGUAAAUGUGACAAAUCUUUUGCCUGUAGCUCCACCCUUCAGUAUCACGAGCGAGGUCACCUUGGAGAAAGGCCUUAUGAGUGCAGUGAAUGUGGGAGAUCUUUUACCACUAGCUCUGCCCUCCGUUAUCAUCAGAGUGUUCACACAGGGGAAAGGCCUUAUGGGUGUACUGAAUGUGGGAAAUCUUUUAUCGCUAGGUCUGACCUCCAGUAUCAUCAGAAAACUCAUUCUGGAGAAAGGCCUUAUGAGUGUAGAGAAUGUGGGAAAUCCUUUAUUCGAAGAAAUAACCUUAUUUUACACCAGAGAGUUCACACAGGAGAAAGGCCUUACCAGUGUAGUGAAUGUGGGAAAUCCUUUAACAAUAAGUGGACACUCAUUCAACAUCAGAGAGUUCACACAGGAGAAAAGCCUUAUGUGUGCAGUGAAUGUGGGAAAUCUUUUACUUCUAGCUCCACCCUCUGUUAUCAUCAGAGAACUCAUGAAGGAAAAAGGCCUUAUGAGUGCAGUGAAUGUGGGAAGUCUUUUACAUCUAGUUCAACCCUUCAUUACCAUCAGAGAGUUCACACAGGGGAAAAACCGUACGUGUGCAGUGAGUGUGGGAAAUCUUUUACCUUUAGCUCUAGCCUCCGUUAUCAUCACAGAGUACACACUGGAGAAAGGCCAUAUGAGUGCAGUGAGUGUGGAAAAUCCUUUAAGGAUAGAUCACAAUUCAAUAAACACCGAAGAGGACAUACUGGAGAAAGGCCUUAUGAGUGCAGUGAAUGUGGGAAAUCCUUUAGCCACAAAUCGUCCCUCUCAAUACACCAGAGAGUUCAUAAUAGAGAAAGGUCUUAUAAGUGUAGUGAAUGUGAGAAAUCUUUUACCUCUACCUCUGGCCUUGGUUAUCAUCAGAGACUUCACAGGGGAGAAAGGCCUUAUCAGUGCAGUGAAUGUGGGAAAUCUUUUACCAGUAGCUCAAUACUGGUGCGACACCAGAGAGUUCACACAGGAGAAAGGCCUUACGAGUGCAGUGAAUGUGGGAAAUGUUUUGCCAGUAGUGACACCCUCUCUUACCAUCAGAGAAUUCAUACAGGAAAAAAGCCUUAUGAAUGCAGUCAAUGUGGAAAAUCUUUUGCCUCUGGUUCCACGCUCCGCUAUCAUCAGAGAGUUCACAGUGGUGAAAGGCCUUAUGAGUGCAGUGAUUGUGGGAAAUCUUUUAUCUGUAGCUCCAAACUCCGUUAUCAUCAAAGAGUUCACACUGGUGAAAGGCCUUAUGAGUGCAGUGAAUGUGGAAAGUCGUUUAGGGAUAGUUCCCAAUUUAGUCAACACCGGAGAGGUCACACAGGAGAAAGGCCUUAUGAGUGCAAUGAAUGUGGGAAAUAUUUUAUGCGAAAAUCUACUCUCUGUCAACAUCAGAGAAUUCACACUAGAGAAAGGCCUUAGAUGUGCAGGGAAUGUGCAAUUUUUUGUUCCAUGUAACCACCAGAGGAAACUAUUUGAGGAGCCAUCUGUCUGAAUUGAAUCUCAUACAUCUGAGUAUGCACAGUGGCAAGAUUCCCCAUACGUGUCAUUUAUGUGAGAAGCAUGUGGAAAUAUGUUGCACUUUCAGACUUGCCCAGGGUUCUUUCCAUGUUUAUGUUGUUUCUAGUUUGUGUGGCUAAAGCCAUUUCACCUUUACCACCUGGCAGGUCCACAGAGAUCGCAUCAUCCCAGUGUUCUCAGGGAAGCUGACCUCUGGCCUCCCAUGUAUUGUUACAAACCAGGAGUAACCAAAGCCCUUAGGGGUUCAGGUUUCCCUCCUUGACAACCUUGGACAUGGAUAUGGGUCAGUGUUGGCCCAAAGAAUAUCAUGAGCUUGGCUGGCAGCUUGCAGAGAUAGGACUACCUUUUCCAGGGACGUGUUGAUAUCAUGUGAUACAUGUGAUGAGUUUUUUCAGCUUCCAAUUUAUGAACUUGAGAAGUGCCUGCUGCACAUUGCUUUGGUUUUACAAUAAUCAAGGCUUUACUGUUUAAGUCCUCUUUAAUCGUAGGUGUUCUGUUUAUUGUAUGGGUGGUUUUUAAACUGUUUAGAGUUCUACAAGCAUGAAGAGGUGAACAAUUUACUAGGGGUCUCAAGCUUUCUCUGUGUGUGGAAGGCCUGUAUGACGGCAAUAAAUAACUUGCCAGUUUUUACCAAAUUUGCAUUGCUGUUCAUGGUAGCUUAGGCAGGACUGAGGGCUUUCUUGUCCUCAUUUCAGGCCUGGAUGCUGUGUGUUUUAGGAGUCUCAGAGAUCACCCUGAAGAGAGGACAGCUAUCAGAUCCUCAGGUACUUUUUAGAAUAGCAUGAUUUUCCUUUUACUCAAAAGAGAUAUUCCGGGCUGGCCAGGUGGCGCACUAAGAGUUGGCUUAGGACACCAGCUCUGAACAGCAGGGCCCCAGUUCAGAUCCUG